GAAAUAAUUUAGCUAGUAACAAAUAUACUUCGUUUGUGAUAUAUAGUUUCUAUUUGUUUGAUUGUGACAGAACAAUGUCCAGUCCAACUAAAAAAAUUGAACAAAUGCAACAACAUGCAAUUGAAUUAUCAUUAGAAGCUAUGAAUUUAUUCUCAUCUCAUGAUGAUAUAGCUGAUUAUAUUGCGAAAACAUUCAAAGAGACAUAUUCAGGUUGUUGGGAAUGUAAAGUUGGAACAACAUUUGGAAGCUUUGAUACAUGGGAUUUAGAAUACUGUUUUCGAUAUUUUGUGGACCAAUUGGCAUUCUUGCUGUACAAAUCAAAUUAAUCUCACCUAAAUCUAACUUGUGUAAAUAAUUCGGAUCAUAUUGUACCUGUAAAAGUGUUUACAUCCAACCAAAUAUAUUGACAAGCAUUUUAUGCUUCUUCAUAUUAUGUAUCAGCAUUGUAAAUAUUAAUGUAAAGUAGAAUAAAAUUUUCAGGUAAUCUGUAGUAUUAUAUCUUUUUUUAUAUGAUACAUUUGUAUAGUAACUUAAUAAAACACUAAUAUCAGAAGGGGUUUGGCGGAUCAUUAGUCAUUUGGAGCUAGACCAUCAUGGAAAACCUG